UAGGCAUUUUGGCUGACAAAAUAGUUGAAAUUUUUCAUGAAAAAAGGAGAUCUACGUAUUACGUUAGUCCUAUUGGAAAAAGUCAAUCACGCCACAACAAACCGGAAGUAGCCAGAGGAAAAUUAAUAGAUAAAUAUAGAAACAAGCUUACCAUGCUACGAAAAACUUUGGCAAGUUGUGAAACCUUUACAGUUGAGGAAAAAGAAAAUAUAUCAAGAGAAAUGCAGGACAGUCAAGUAUGGCUUAAGCACAAUAUUGAACCCAAAGAUGAAGUUAUUCGUCGUUGGAAACUAUCUUUUCCAAUUAGAAAAAUAGGACGAUUAUCAUUAAAUGAAUAUUUAGAAGAAUGGCCUAUCUUAAGAACACAAGCAGCAAUUGAUUUAGCAUUACUUAAGCCAUCCGAUGAAAGUUUAUUUAAUUUGCUUGAAGAUCAGAUAACAACAGAUUCCAAAAACGUAAUACGUUCGUAUUUGUUAUCUUCUUUGGUACCUCCUCGUGGUAGGGCAAAGACAGGCAAGGUCUACUGGAAACCAUCUGUAUCCGAAGCAAGAGAUGGCCUUUUCUUGCAAGUAAAAAUCCCAGGUGAUAUUGAGUCAGCAAAACAAGAAAAGAUUGAUUUUAUGUAUAAAAAGGGUUUAACAAUUCAGCCGUACAUAAUAGUAGUUGGUCCCAAUUUAUGUAAUAUUCAUGCUUUCUACGUUAUUAUUGAUAGCAAAACUUAUGAAACAAAGACAUUUCUUGAUGCGUUAAAAUUUUGUUUUGAAGCAUAUUUUGUUUUGGACUUAAAAUACACACCAGAGAGCCAGCAUCUCUGGUUUCUUUUACAGUGGGAAGUGUUUAAUAUUAUUUCUGCAAAUGACAUAAACAUUCCUUUUAUGAACGAUAUAUUACGGUUUAAAACAUAG